GUGUGGAUGAGAAUGUCUGCAGUUGAGGCAUAUAGUCUUUAUUGGUUUAAAGAUAAAUACAAUCAAAUUUAAAUGGCUUAUGUUUCCAAUUUGGAAUCGAUAUGGAUGGGGAGUGUUGUCUAUAGCAGGAGCUUAUUUUGUACAGUUCCACAACUGAAGAAUUCUUGGUGUAGGGUUUUGGGUUCCUCUGAAAUUGAGGUUUCAAGGAGAAGAGUGUUGGAGCAAGUGGAUAAGGAGCUAGAGAAUGGAAAUGAGAGGGAAGCACUGUCUCUUGUAAAGGGUCUGCUAUCCAAACCUGGUGGUCUGCGUUGUUUUGGUGCAGCUCGGCAGGUACCUCAAAGGUUGUACACUUUGGAGGAAUUGAAGUUGAAUGGAAUAGAAACCAAGUCUUUUCUAUCUCCAGUGGAUACUACUCUUGGCUCUGUUGAAAGGAAUCUGCAGCUUGCGGUAAUUGUUGGAGCGAUUUCUGCUUGGAAUGCAUUUGGAUUCAACCCACAACAAGUCCUCUUCAUUUCUCUGGGUUUGUUGUUUUUAUGGACAUGGGAUUCUGUGGCUUUCAAUGGUGGAGUUGGCAACUUGGUCCUCGACACAGUUGGUCACACCUUCAGUCAGAAGUACCAUAAUAGAGUCAUUCAACAUGAAGCUGGGCACUUCCUGAUUGCCUACUUGCUUGGUAUUCUUCCAAAGGGUUAUACACUGUCAAGUUUGGAAGCUUUCAAGAAGGAAGGAUCUCUCAAUGUUCAAGCAGGGACAACUUUUGUGGAUUUCGAGUUCCUUGAAGAAGUUAAUGCAGGAAAAGUAUCAGCUAUGACCCUGAACAAGUUCUUAUGUAUAGCACUAGCCGGUGUGGCAACUGAGUACCUUUUAUAUGGAUUUGCUGAAGGAGGGCUUGGUGACAUUAAUCAGUUGGACAUAUUACUCAAAAGCUUGGGCUUCACACAGAAGAAAACAGAUUCUCAAGUCAGAUGGUCUGUACUGAACACUAUCUUAAUUUUGCGUCGCCAUGAAAUGGCCCGAGCAAGACUUGCAGAAGCCAUGUCCACUGGAAAAUCCAUAGGAUCUUGCAUUGACAUCAUAGAGGACAGUAUAAAUUAUGCAGAUAUAUAGUUGCAACUGGGUUAGUGUUGCUUGGUUCCCGGUAUUCAAUUUUUGUAUGAAUUUCUUCCAAAACUCUGUGCUCAUCUUGAAAUUACAUCAGCUCAGAUUUCACGUAAGAGAUUCAAUUUCUGUCUUACAUACAUUCAGUGCUGGGAAAAAUUGUAAAUCAGGGACAGGGAAAAGGGAAAAAAGUUCGUCCAUCGAGGAAUUGUUUCGUUUCUUGCCUGUACCCUAAAAUUGCCUGUUUGAUUGAAAUUUGGUUGUCAAGCACACAAUCACCAAAUUUUUUUAUUCCCAGUGCACUUAAAGUUAAAAUCUAACAACUAUCAGGCAAAAAGACAUUCUUCCAUAGAAAGCUUUGAACUUUCUGUCUACUUGAACUUGGGUUUCUCUGGAAUCCAAGAGAGAAUGGAAGUGCCUUGGAUUAUCAUAUGUCAUGGCCUGUUGACACUCCUGGUUGCGAUUUCCAUGCUUUGCGGUCAUUGACCUAUGUUCCUGGGCAUUCCCAUCGAGCAUAUCAACUACUUCAUCACUUAUGGUGCCUACGAUUACUUCCUUGCUGUACUCCCUCAAUUUUACUUUUUAUUUACUUAUUGUGUGUGUAUUUUCGACUUGGUGAUUUUUUGUACUGAUUGGUUUG